CAGCUGUGUACAUUACACUAGCUUAGUGUAGGCCUGGAAACCAGCGCUGGAACGCGUCACAGCCUGCGGCCCCCCAGGCAACCCCGCGGCUUCAGCCCUGUGACUGCACCGCCUGGGCAACGCUUUGCAGUGACCAACAACGCGGCCGGCAAGGUCAGUUGUUCAAGCUUCGCACUCCGGUCUCCCUCGUCGAGCCUCAAUGGGGACGAACAAUGAGAAAGACAUUGCUUUUGUGCUUCAUACACGGCUUCAAGGGGGGUGAGUCCACCUUCGGCAGGGACUAUGCCUUCGUCGAGCACCUGCGCAAGCUCGUGGCCGGCGCCUUGCCCAAGGUAGAUGUACAAGCCGUGGUCUAUCCCAAGUACGAGACCCGUGGUGACCUCGGCGAAUGCGUCACGAAGUUCAGCGACUGGCUUCUCAACAAAGUAAUCGACCUCGAAGUAGCUGCCGGCACGCCCUCGCCCACCAUCGACCCCUCCGUGCGCGUAGUCCUCGUGGGCCACUCGAUGGGCGGCAUCGUCGCGGCCGAGACCGCCAUCCGGAUCUCAUCGGAGCAGCCGAUCCACAACACGGUCGACGAGGACAGCCCCACCAAGUCGGCCACCGCCAUGCCGCCGCCCCCGAACGCGCUCAUGUUCCCGUACAUCCAGGGCGUGCUGGCCUUUGACACCCCCUUCCUCGGCAUCUCCCCGGGCGUGGUCGCCCACGGCGCUGAGAGCCAUUACGCCGCCGCCUCGACGGCGAUUUCGCAGUUGAGCGGGCUGGCGGGCCUCUGGGGCGGCGCCAAGGCUAGGCAGGCGGCGGGCAGCUCGAACGCCCAGGUUGCUGGGGCACUGCCUCCUGCCGCGGGGAGUCCCGAGAAGGAUACGGAGAAGGAGAACGCCGCGGCGAACAAGGGCGGGUGGGGCCGCUGGGGCACCAUAGCCAUGGCUGCCGGGGUUGUGGGCGCGGUUGCCGCAGGCGGCGCGGCCGCGUAUUUGAACAGGCAGCAGAUCAGCGAGAGCCUGGGCUGGGUGACGUCGCAUCUGGAAUUUGUGGGGUGUCUGGCGCGCAAGGAGGAGCUGCGGCGGCGGGUUGCCUACAUGGUGAGGCUGAAUAAGGAACUGAACGUGGGGUUCGGGAACCUGUACACUCGCCUAGGCCAGGCGGCGGGCGCGAAGCAGGUUGGCAAGGUUGGGACGGUGCUGGGGAGCGAACGGACAUUUUGUGUGGUGCCGCAGCGGGAUCCGGCGGGAGAUUGGCGGCAAGCCGUGAAUGACAAGGCCAAGGACGAGGUCGGGGCCCAUGUCUCCAUGUUCGAGCCGAACGAAAACCCGGGCUACCAGAAGCUGGCAAAAGAUGCGAGGGAUAUGAUUUCGGGCUGGUUGCGCAACGACUGGUACGAGAGCAGCUCGGCUGACGAAAUCCGGCCAUGAUAACGAGGAGCAACGGUGUUGUUCAUGCCAUAAGACAUUACUUGUUGAUGAUCUGCCAUCGAGGCGUCUUCUACCUGUUUCGUAUACCCCACUUAGCAAGCUUUAUGCGAAGAUCUGGACAGCUGAGCACGCCAUGUCCUGUCGAAGAGAAACGCAUCAUCUUCACUCGGCAUGUAACCCUGUUAUUGUGACUUCUUCUGCUCCGACUUGCCGGCCCCGAGGUACUUCUUCCGCUGCUUCAGCAUGUGCGUGUAGAGAAUAAACGAGCCUAUCCCAACGACGUCAGUCGAGGUCUCCUUUCG